CAACGUCAAAAAAUUAACUUGAAGCCUUUCUAAAAACCUAAGUACAACGCUUUGAUUCGGCAAAUGAUUUUAAAUAUUUGCAGCUAUUUUUAAUUUCAGCACUGACCGCAAGGCACUCGUUCAUUUUUCUUUUCCUCAGGAUUUUUCAAAUAGCGCGCAUUAACUUGAUGAAUCGCGUGCCACAAAGACUAGUUGUGGGGAAAUUGGCAAUAUGACGCUUUUUAGGGCGGAGUCCCAUGUACAUUUAUUUCUCGAAUGCGAAAGUGUACAUGCAUGAAACAGAUUAAGAGUGACCCUUCGCAAAGUGCUUUAAGGAUAGGUGACGCCCUUCUUCGAAUAUGCCUUAAACGGUUGUUGUUUUGGAGCAAGAUAUCCCAGACUGUGCUGUGUGUGCGAAAACUCUCAUGCGAGAAAGUCAAGGUUCCAGGAGGAAUUCUUCAAUAGAAAAGUUCUGGAUCUGCGUAUCUAAAUCGUUCGUUUGGAAAAGGGACUGUACCAUGGAGACAAUGCUUUUCAUCUGUAUUUUGUUCAUCAGUGCUGUGGCAACACAACAAGUGCAAGGCCAGACUUCCACUCUGCCUCGCCUGACUGGCUGCUUUUCUCGAGAACUAAUGACUUUUCAUUGCCAAUGGGAGACUGGAUCUCUCCACAACCUCACAGAUCCUGGAGAUCUAAGACUUUUCUACAUAUUAGAAAAGGAUUCCAAGAAAAAUGAGAGAAAAUGGAGUGAAUGUCCAAGUUACAGCUCUUCGAGGAUGAAUGAAUGCUACUUUAAUUCCAGCAAUACCAUUAUUUGGUACCCUUACAGGAUCCAACUACGUUCACGCUCUCUUGAUUUUGCAUACGAUGAAAUGUACUUCAAUGUGGAAGAUAUUGUGUUUCCAGACCCGCCUGUGGGACUCAACUGGACACUUUUAAGUAUGGGCUCAUCUGGCUUAAUCUGUGAUGUGGUUGUGAGCUGGGAGCCACCCCACUCAGCAGCAGAGAAUGUGAAGAUAGGAUGGAUGUUGUUGGUGUAUGAGACACAGUACAGAGAAAAGGGUUCAGACCAGUGGAACUCACUAGAGAAUGGCAAAGAAACACAGGCAUAUAUCUAUGGUCUGCGCAGCAACACUGAAUAUGAGAUCAGGGUGAGGUCAAAAAUGAGAGGUUACAAUUAUGGUGACUUCAGUGACUCCAUCUUCAUACUCAUUCCUUACAAAGAAUCAAGAGUUCCUAUUACAGCUGUGCUCAUCUUUUCUGCUGUUGGUAUCGGGAUUAUCUUAAUGCUGGUUGUAGUUUCACAUCAACAUAAGCUAAUGGUGAUAUUCCUACCACCUGUCCCUGGACCAAAAAUCAAAGGGAUUGACCCAGUGCUUUUACAGAAAGGCCAACUGAGUGAAUUUACAUCAAUCUUAGGCACCCACCCAGGCUUACGCCCAGAACUGUAUAGUAAUGAUUCAUGGGUCGAGUUUAUAGAGGUGGAUUUCGACGAACCACAUGAGAGUCAGGAGGAGCUCCUCAUUGCCCACUCUCCGGUCUCUGACUCACUGCAAAUGUCCAGUGGUUUCAGGGAUGAUGACUCAGGUCGGGCUAGCUGUUGUGACCCAGACCUGUCAGAUCAUGAUCAAACAGAUCUUCAUCAGACUUUAGUCAGUGGACAUGAUGGUUUCCACCCCCUGUCUCGUGCUCACUCUGGUACACCACAGCCUGCGGCUGUCGUUCCACAAAACACAACCUGGACUAACAGCCUAUAUUCACAGGUCAGUGACGUUACAAAGCGUGGUGAAGUGAUGCUUUCUCCAGAGGAACAAGAAAUGCUCUGCAAUACCAGGUGUCAUAAUGAGGCUCUUAAUGAUAAUGAAAAUAAUAAGAGGAAGGAACUACAGCAGUUGGUGGUGAUCCCUGAUGAAAGAGGCUACACCUCCGAGCUUGUUGCCAGUGUAAUCAGCGCCCAACGCAGCCAACCUACAACAGACUAUUCUCCCUGCACAGAACAGGGUCAAGAAAAACACAGUACAUUCAGAGAACUUCAGAACCUGAGCACUAAGACAGACAAUUCACUUCACCUGUCCACAGCAUUUGCCAUUCUUGCAAAGCCUACCAAUCCAGAGUACACCAUGGUGGAUGGAGUGGAUUGGAAAAACAGUCUCUUCCUGAAACCAAAUACACAAAUUGCCCCACAAGCAAAAGCAGUGCUAAAAACUUGGCCUACUCCUGAAGGAUACUUGACUCCUGAGCUACUAAGCAACCUUAACUAAAAGUGGAGGACUUUCUUGGGAAGCAUCAAAGACUAGGGAUAUGUUUGCUCUUAGUGAGAUAUGUGACACAGUUAGUCAACACUAAACACCAUGUGUGAUCCAUGAGGCACCACAUGGAACAAAGCCAAUUGGGCCCCUCAAGUGGUCUAGAUGUAAUGGCAAAACAUUUUUGGAAAGCAAAUUAAUGGUUGUAUCAGACAUACAUUUUAUUCUCUUGAUGUUACCUUCAUAAUAACAUAUUUUAGCAUGUUGUUUACUCUCAUAAGUUUUUAUAUUUGAUAUUGUAUGCACCCAAAUGGAGAUGCAUAAAAGCUACAUUGGUAUGAUUUGGCUUCUUGAAAAGAUAGUUCACCCAAAAACUCUCUCAUCAUUUACUUAUUUUCAUGCCAUCCUAGAUGUGUAUGACUUUCUUUCUUCUGCUGAACACAAACAAAGGUCAGACAAUGCAAGUGAAUGGUGACCAGACCUUUCAAGCUCCAAAAAUCACAUAAAAUCAGCAUAAACGUAAUCCAUAUGACUCCAGUUGUUUAAUGUAUGUUUUCUAAAGUUAUGCAAUCACUAUGUGUGCUAAACAGAACAAUAUUUCAAUACUGAAAGAAAGUGAAAGUGGAGAUUUAUAGUAAAAAAGUAUUUACAUUUUUAUCUGUUUCUAACCUGCAUCUAUUAUAUCGCUUCUGAAGACAACCACUGGGGUCAUUUAGAUUACAUUUAUGUUGCCUUUAUGUGAUUUUUGGAGCUUGAAAAAUCUGGUCAACAUUUACUUUUAUUGUAUGGAUCUACAGGGCUGUAAAAUUCUUCUAAAAAUCGUUUGUGUUCUGCAGAAGAAAGUCAUACACAUCUAGGAUGGCAUGUGUGGGAGUUAAAUAUUCCUUUCAAUUACUUCUCCAUAAUGUGGACUUUUAUCAUCUAUUCAAUUUGAGUUAUCGGCAAACUAACCAUUAAAUGUCUGUGUAAAGUGCCUAUUUAGGAUUAUAUUUCAACAUUUUCAGUGUUAUAAAGAAUAAUGCCAUGUUGCACACUGAGGGUUUUAAAUCAAGAAGGAUCCCUUAAGUGAACUGUUACAGGCUUUUGUUAUCACUGUAUUUUGGUUCAAUGAAAGACUGGACAUGCUUUUGUUCCAAAAUGCUGUGAAUACGGUCAAUUUUGUUUAGUGCUGUGUUUGGGCCAAGAAUAAAUGUUGUGUAACAGUGCAAAAUAUAUAUAGCUAUAUAUGUGUCUUUGUAAUAUACAAGGUAUUUCUUAAUAAAAGGCACCAACGAUA